UCGGCAGCUCCUCCUGGCUCCCUCCCUCCCUGCCUGGCUGGCUGGCUGGCUGCCUGGGGCCCUGGGCCUCCGCUGAAGAAGGAAGGCAUCGCCUCCUGCCGGCUGCUCUCUCUCUCGCUCUCCGGCUCCGGUCCCGGGGCCCCACCAUGAGCCUGGCCGGCUCCCUGCGCGCCUGCUGGGCUCCGCUGCUCUGCCUGGCCGGGGCCCUCCUGGCUCGCCUGGCCGAGGCCAAGGGCAGCUUCUACCGGGCCCCGCCGGGGCCCCCCCUGGCCUACGGCAGCCGCUACAGCCUCUACACCUCCGGAUCCAGCCCCCAGGUCCCCGGCGGGAAGCCCCUGGGCAAACACAAGAGCUACUGUGCAUAUGUGGUACAAAGGAAUGUGACGUGUACCAUUCAGGACGGAGUAGAGAGCUAUGUGAAAGCUGAAUAUCACAAGUGCAGCUGGGGACCCAAGUGUCCUGGCAAAGUCCUGUAUCGUACAUUCUUCAGACCCAGGUAUAAGAUUGGCUACAAGACUGUGACUGAGAUAGCAUGGAGGUGCUGUCCAGGACUCAUGGGAGAAGGAUGUCAUGACAGUCCCACUGAUCAGCCAGGGCUACUGCCACAGCAUCCCAGUCCCAAAUUACCUCCCACUCAGAAGAUGUUCCCAGCUGCUCGAGUCCCUCCUCAUCAUCCCAGUAUCCAUGCAGACCCAUUUCCAGGACCAAAGAAGAACCACUAUGGUCGAAAAAUACCUAGUUUGUUUGGUGACAGACUGGACCGACUAGAGGAGGAAGUCAGGCGUCUCUCACAAUCCUAUGACAGCUUGCAUAACAUGGUGAGUGGCCUGGGGGACCAUUUGCGGCUUGCCAUCCAGGAGGACACCAGUAAGAUGAUUGGAUCCCUGAUGAACAGCCCUAGUGUACCUGAUUCAACCAUGGGAUUUGGAGUUAUUCCUGAUGGGAUUGUGGAUGCAGCAGACAAAGCUGAUCUCUCUCCCUAUCCACCUGUGGGUGAGAUCUUAAGCAAAGUGACUGAGGUGAGUGAUGUAUUGAAAAUCAAGACUGACCUGCUAGAAGAGGUGCAUGGCAUGGUCCUGGAUCACGAUGGGCAAAUCAAACACCUGCUGGAGUCAGCCCGACCUUCACCGCUUACUUCCAUUGAUCUGCUAGAAGAAUAUGUGGACAGCAGGCUUAACAACCUGCGCGUGGAGCUCCUGGAUGGCUUUGAGAAGAAGCUACUGAACAUCCAGAGCACGUGUGAUUUCCGAAUCAAGGAAGUGCAAUUGCAGUGUGAGGAAGAAAAAGCAGCCAAUCUCCGUCUUCAGCAGACAUUAGAUGGCAAAGAACUCGAGAUAAAAAAGGAGAUCUCUCAGCUGGAAACUCAGAUCCAAGGGCUAACAGUUGUAGAAAGCUGCUGUAGCAAUUUGAAUUACCUCACCAAACGGAUGGAUAUUUUAGAGAAGGGCCUACACAGCAUCUCUGAGUCUCAGAAGAACUUACACUCCAGGAUGGACAAUGACUUGUCCACUGUAACCUUGGGGAGCCUCUUUGAAGGACGCUUUGAAGAUUUUGAAGCCAGGCUGAAUAUCACUGAAAGGGAAACAGGAAGUUGUUGUUCCAUGGUAGAGGAUAGCAUGAGAGGUCUCCUGGGGUCAGAGCUGGAUGGCACAAGGAUCUUGUUUGAGGACAAAAUGAGAAUCUUGGAAGAGAGAUUCAUGAACAUAAUAGGAGAUGUGAAUAACAUCAGUUCCACAGUGGGAAUAGAUGGAGCUGUGUUGCCCCUCUUAGAAGGUGAGCUGGCUACCAUAAAAAAGGCAACAGAUGAGAAAAUGGAAGUAAUACAGAGCAGGCUGACCACCUUGGAGAGCACAUGCUUGCUGGGAUGCACAUCCACUUCCAAAGAUGUAGAGAUCUUUCGUACAGAGAUUGAAGACUGCCAAAGCAAGAACCAGGAUUUACAGCUCAGGAUGGAUAGUAAUUCUGACCUACUACGGAAACUCAAUGCUACUAUCUUGGAGAUUCAGAGGCGAAUUGAGGAAGAAGCAACAGCGUCCUUGCAAGGUGAGAUCACCUUGCUUAAAAUCAACCUGAACACCAUGAGUAAGUCUCUAACUGGGCUGAAGGAUUCCGUUUCCCAGUACUCUGACACAGUGCUGCAUGUUAAUUCAUCUCUGGAUGAGCGUGAGCGCAAGAUAGAAGACGAGGUACACUCCAUCCAAGACAAGAUCAGUGACCAAGGCUCCCAGCUUUUGUUCAGUAACAAGCGAGUCCUCAACCUAAAAGGAGACCUUGAAAGGCUCAAGUCCAGAAUCACCAGUGACUUGAGCAACUGCAGAAGUGCGGCUCUCAACCUUCAGAAGGAAGUGCUUCAGUUUGAUGACCGAGUGGCUCAGGUGGAGGACAUGUGUGGCAGACUAGGCACUAUGACUGGAAGCCUGGACCACAUCAAAAGUGAGCUGGAGAAUAAUGCAGGAAGUAUGUGGAGCUACAUGGACCAUAUGAAUGAAACCUUAUCUGCCCACUCUCAGGAAUUAACUGUACUCAAGGACAACUUGUUGGAUUGCCAGGCUAAAGUCACAGAAUUAGCUGAAGAUGUCAGCCUCUUAGAAAGCAAGUUGCAAGGCAACCAGCACUAGUAUAACAAACCCAAAGUGCAAAUAACUUAUACCAUGCAGACACCAACUGAUGAUACCAGGAUUUUGUUUGAGUUUUCUUUUGGAGGGGCAUGGGGAGGCUACUAAACGUUAAAAGCUGCUAUAAUCCCUUCUUUCAUUUCUUUCCUAUGAAUGACAUUUUUUACUACAGCUUAAGCUGUACAUUUGCCAUUACUGUAAUCUCUGUGGACAUUUAGCAGCUGUACUUAUGUAGCAAAGUGCCUUCCCAGAGAUGGGGUCAUGUUUGGGUUACAUUUCCAAUAUAUGGCACAGUUCAGGAAGAAAUUGGAGACAGACGUGUCUAAUGGAUUCUUUGCUUUGGGAAUAAUUAAAUAUCUGCUAUUUAAGAGCUAAGACAGAAGAAAAAAACCCAAUUCCUGCCAAAUAUAUCCAAGUACUGGAAGUAAAGGUCUGAUCCAGGGACCAUUUAAAGCAAUACUGUUACCUAGGAGGAGACUCUGAUUUUUCAACUAAGACAUAUUUUCUCUUCCUUUUUGUACAAGUGUACGAAAGUGGGAGGGGAAUUCUUCAUGGCAGCACUGACUGGUACAAAGAUAUGGGACAUUUAUGCAGGAUUCAACAGGUAUUGUAUGUCUGCAUUCAAUAAGAGAACAUGGCACAGCACACAAUAAUAUUUCUGACUGCAAUUCUUGUUGCAAAGUUCAGGCUGAAUUUCAACCCCCUGGCAAUCUCAAACACUGUGUGCCAUCUGUUGUUUGCAUGAAUGAAGUGAGGAGAGUAGUUUUGGAUCCAUUGGCAUCUUAGAUGGAUUACUGCAACCCCAGGGACCAGAGGAAGAGGAGGCACGCACUUCUAAUUCCAUGCUAGCUGUAGCACUACUCCAUUAUUGCUUCCUGUCCUUAUACAAAAGAGGAUGGAAGGAGAUUACCAGGUCUUUUUUUCCAACUGAACCCAAAAUGUUUCAAAAUGGGAUUGCUCUUAGGGUCACUCUUGAACAUCUAAUGACAGUUCUAUUUAUUUGGAAUGUAUUUAGUUUGAUAUAUACCCUUCCCUGCACUGGAAUGAUUCACAAGACAGCUAACAAGCAAUAUCCUAGAGCUUGUUGUGUUAUGGGUGCUAGUUGUUACUUUUGUUAACAGUAACACAAUACUCUUUACUUUAUGAGUAGCAGUUCAGUAAUGUAUUACUAGGGCUAAAUGUUCUUUUAAAAAGAAACCAGAAAAAUAGCUCCCCAUAAUCCCAAAUCUAUAAUUUGAAAAUUAAAAAUUAUACUUUUAAAAGGAACAUCACAAAUUAUUAUAUUACUUCAGUAAAAAUAGUGUUAUUAUUGCUCCCCUUUAUUACUAUUAAUAACAUAUUACUAGUAAUAUUGUUAAAUGCAUUGUGUCAAGGCUGUGGGGAGAGGAAGCAAUAUAUAAGGGGAAAAUACUUGCAAAAAGUCCUUAUAGGUACAGUAUGUAUGAAAAUGUACACAAAAUGAUUAAGAAAUUAGGUACAAACCUAUGCAGAAAUGAGACUGAAUUAACUGGUGACUGGAAAAAUGUGAAACUGGAAGUUGGAAUAUGUAAAACUGAGAGAAAUCAGAAUUGCCAGAUUUGUCUCUGCGUGCAAAUUAUUGUGUGAAUAGAGUAGGCCCCCUUCACUUAAGCAAUUAUUUUACCUGUUCUAGCUGUAUCCUAGGAAUAGACUGCCUUGGAAGGUGGUGGACUCACAUUGUUUGAAGGUUUUUAAAGAGGUUGGAUAGGCAUCUUUGAGGAAUGUAGUAGUUGUGUGUUCCCGUGUGGAGGAGAGGUCCCCUCCAUGAUUCCGUGAAUCCUAGGGUUUAUUGAGGCACAAGAGGUCUCUGACUAAAAAUUCUAAAUACCUCUCUCUAAAUAGCAAAUCCCAGGAUUCCAUAGGAUAGAGACAUAUUUUCUAAAGUGGAAUCAUAGUAACAUAUUUGUGUAGUGUGAAAGUGCUCUAGGACUAACACUGGUUGUUCAAGAGUGCCCCAGGCCAAUGGCAGCCAGCAGUUCCCAUGGGAGUGGGCCAGUAAAGUCAUUCUGUAAUGUUUAUAGGAGCUGUCCAGGGUUCUGAUCUGAUUUUGAAGUAGAUUGCAGCACUAUGGAUACUUUCUUAAAGUCUGAACUAGGCUGAGAGGAUUCACAACUCUGCUGACAUGGAAGCCACUAGUUGCCAUUGCCCCGAAGAAAGAAAAAACUCAGCUCAAAACACAUUGGGUUCAACUGAAAUGUUCUCAUGUGCACGAAAAGGUUUCCUUUCUUCUUUUGUCCCAUGACUGGUGUCUUCCUUGCUUCCUAUUUUUUCUCUGUUUCUCCUAAUACAUUACACUCACCAUGUGAAAGCAAUAUUAAAUUCUUGGGUAUGAAAGCUGUUAUCACAAGGUGUGGAGAAAUGCUCCAGUUGUAUAGUGAACUACAGGACCUAUAUGGCUAACUAACAGCCAUUUCUUUGAACAAAAUGAAUUGGCCACCAUUUGGCAGCCAAGAGGUAUAGAACAGCCUUAGCAGGAUUUAGUAGAAGCUACCAACACGAGAAUGCGAAAACUCCAUUAUUUCCUUUUUUCUUUUGGUAAGAGCUUUGCAAAAUUCACUUUUUCCCCCUACUAUAAAUGUGAUGGCAAGAACUCAAAAUUAUUUAAAAGGGGGGGGGGGGAGGAGUAUUGAACAUGAAAGAAAAUGAAACUGGCAGAUUAUUCAGUCUGGGCAGAUGGCUUUGAGUGCUCAACUCUUAAAAUUCUAAGUUGCAAUCCAUGUGUGUUCAUCCAUGUUCAUGCGUCUGAAUUAAGGUUCCCACUUCUCUUUUCCCAAGAGACUGUCAAGCUUUAACAGGAAUUGGAUGCAGUAAUAGCUGUACCUUUUGAAUUUGACCAGUACAAAGUCACCAUGGCUGGCUUCUAGGGGUUCAUUUACACUACACAAUUGUAGAGCUAUCUUGCAAUUUAACUGCCAUGCCUAUCACCUGUGGAAU